AUGCUAGAUCUCGUGACGUCACCCAGUGUGACUGUAAAUAGAGAACAACCUGAUAGACUGAAGCUGAAUCUUUCUAACACUUAUGCCACAGUUCCAGAUGACAUAGAAGGUGACACCAAGACUGCACCCCAGUGUCCUCUUCAUCUCUGCUCUACAAAACACUAUCCCCAUAUAGUAACGGUUCCAUCCUUCCCAACAAUGGCCGCAUAUGGACAGACUCAAUAUAGUGCAGGAAUCCAGCAAGCUGCUACUUACACAGCAUAUCCACCACCUGCACAGCCUUAUGGGCUGCCUUCCUACAGCCCCAUCAUAUCAUCAAACGACGCAGUCAUUGGAGAUCACCCUGAUGGAGCUCAAACGUUAUGGGUUUCUGAUCAACAAGACAAAGAGCUCAUUAGUGCCAAGUCAGUCCAUACUACACUUAGGAGUACAAAUCAACACAGAGAGGAACAGGGUGUUCCUCUCACAGGAACGCCAACAACGGCUACGCCAACUGACGCAGUGUGUGGUGGAAGCACCAAAGGUGGAACUCAUGUGUCUAGUGCAACGUCUCAGGAUGCAAGUGUCCUGCCAGAAAGUUUUACAAUGGUAACGCUUCCAUACAAGAUCCCUGCAGCAUUUUCUCCUUCCAUUCCAGUCAGACAUAGCGCAGAAAAGGACCCGAGACAGCAGGAGUCAGUGAGACAGCAACUAUUAUGGUGGCUGAAACCGAACCGUUUCAGCGAGGGAGUGCCACUCAGGGAACCUCCUCGGGUAGUGAUCAUGACGGACACGAGUCUGUUUGGCUGGGGAGCACAUGCAGAAGGAAGGAUGAUACAGGACACAUGGACAUUGAAGGAAAAGUCCAACAGCAUGAACCUUCUGGAACUCAGGGCAAUCAGAUUGGCCAUAGAAAAAUUCCAAGGGAUGAUACAGGGUCUUCAUAUCCUGAUCCAGACAGACAAUAUGUCGGCAAAGGCAUAUGUCAAUCGUCAAGGUACCUCAGGGAUAUACCAGGGACCCAAUGGCCUGUCGAGUUCUGCUGGGUUCAGCACAAUGCAUCAGGAGUACUCUUCGUAUCCCGGCUUCACCCAAAGCCAGUAUUCACAGUAUUACAGUUCCUCCUACAACUCUUCGUACAUGUCUGCAAACAGCAUCAGUCCGUCAGCCAUCCCGACGUCUGCUUAUUCACUCCAAGAGUCGCCGCACAACAUCAACAGUCAGAGCACCGAAUCACUUUCUGGUGAAUACACAACACCCGUAAAAGACACAGAAGCAGACAGGCAGCACAAAGGGAGUGAUGGGAAGCUACGAGGACGAUCAAAAAGAAGUAAUGAGCCCUCUCCGACAGCUGACACUGAAAUUGAGCGCGUGUUUGUGUGGGACUUGGAUGAGACGAUAAUUAUUUUUCACUCCUUGCUCACAGGAACCUUUGCCUCCAGAUAUGGGAAGGAUACUACUACGUCCGUCAGGAUAGGCCUUAUGAUGGAAGAAAUGAUCUUUAACCUUGCAGAUACGUACCUGUUCUUUAAUGACCUGGAGGACUGUGACCAGAUACACAUAGAUGAUGUAUCAUCAGAUGACAAUGGGCAAGAUUUAAGCACAUAUAAUUUCUCAGCAGAUGGCUUUCACAGUUCAGCCGCUGGAGCAAAUCUGUGUCUGGGCUCCGGAGUUCAUGGGGGAGUUGACUGGAUGAGGAAAUUAGCAUUCCGCUACCGGCGGGUGAAAGAGCUCUACAACACCUACAAAAACAAUGUUGGCGGUUUAAUAGGAGCUCCUAAGAGGGAAACCUGGCUGCAGUUAAGAGCCGAACUGGAAGCGCUGACUGAUCUCUGGCUAACACACGCUCUGAAAGCUCUGGAUUUGAUACAUUCCCGGCCUAACUGCGUAAAUGUUUUGGUCACUACCACCCAGCUCAUCCCAGCGCUUGCCAAAGUGCUCUUGUACGGACUAGGCGUGGUCUUCCCCAUCGAAAAUAUUUAUAGCGCAACAAAGACAGGUAAGAAGAGCUGUUUUGAAAGGAUAAUGCAGAGGUUUGGACGGAAAGCCGUGUACAUUGUAAUAGGAGAUGGCGCUGAAGAGGAACAGGGGGCAAAAAAGCACAACAUGCCUUUCUGGAGGAUCUCCUGUCAUGCUGAUCUAGAGGCCUUGCGGCACGCAUUGGAAUUGGAGUACUUGUAGCACCUCCGGACGUCUCGAUGGUGGUCUCAGCAUCCUUCUUGAAGACACAUUCUAUUUUAUUGGUGUUUUAGGCAUCAGCCUUGGUUGAGGUGGAGCUCUUUUGUACAAAAACCUUUAGAAGAAUCUGCACCAGGUAUGCCACAUACCAAGUUCCUUUUACCUUUGGAUGGAAAAGAAGAACUUUCAACAGCCUGAUAACUGGAUGCUUAGAGCUAAAAUGGGACUUUUGCCAUGUAAAUGACUUCCAGGCAUGCAGAAGACCAGUCCUGGUUUGAUUUGUUAGGGUUUUUUGUUUGGUUUUUCCUUGCUUUAAUAAAUGGGAAUGGGGUGGGGAAGAUGUUACGUGGAAUUUUUAGGCAUAUCUGCCAGACUGUUUAUCGAUUCAGAUAAAUUUCUGAGGAAGAGGCGGGGGAAAGAUUGAAAUAGAUGAUUGUUUUUUGUAUUUUUUUAAUUUAUGAACUAAUCCUGUUACUCUGAUAUUAAGCUCAGUACCUGUGUUUGUAUCUGCUGGGUAGGAUAGACUCAGCUCUUUCUAAUUUAAUAGCUCUUUUCUCCAUGGUAAACUCUGGGGGAACAAUCAUUAUCAUGUCCAUUUGAAACAAACACAUUUGGGAACCCUUGAUGCAAGAACUAUAGCUGGUUUUAAAAAACUCCGGCACAUGUGAUGCACACAUGUCUA